GAAAAUAAUUUUGAUGUAUUAGACUUGAAAUAUCGUACUACCAAGUAUUCUACUGUUAAAGUUUCUUUCAGAGAAAAAAAGGGGUUCUUGCGUAAUCUUAUUAUUUGGCAUGAAAAAAUUUCCAACGUCGAAGAUUAUGUUAACUUGAAUGAUACAUUAAAUAUUUUGGAAAUAAACUUCAAUGAUGAACUUGACAAGUGUCUAAUCGUUUUAAAAUCAUUAGUGAACGAAGAUGGUACUGAUGAUUUGAAAAAGUUUAGUAAUCAAUCUCAGAAAUUUAUCAAAAUGGCUUAUAUAUAUGGAGAUGAUAUAAUUGUUCAUCUAAAAAAAGAGUAUUUUGCGGAAUCUAAAAGAAUAACAAAUUGUUGUUUG